AUGGCGGCAACAGAGAACAAAGGAAUCGCAGAGCUGUAUCAGCAGCUGCUUCAAGAUGGGGUGCAACUGCAGAAAGAGCUCGAGGCGUACUACCUGCGCCAAGAGGGAUACAUUCGCAAGCGCGUGGCGGUACUCGAUGAGAUGCAGGAAAAUAUCGCGGACGAGCGGCGGUGCUUGGAGAUUCAACAUCAGGAGUGUCGUGCACAGAUCAGUGCGGCACGGAGGCAGGCGGCUAAUUUUGUAUCAAAUGAGCGGAAGGUCUCUCAGGCGGUGCAGCACGCACAACCGUCCCUCGCGGCGCAAGAGGCGGAGAUCGACAAGCGCCUUGAGGAGCUUCAGCGAGAGAAAGAUAAAGAGGAUGCCGCGCUGCUAAGCGUGAUGGCACGGCAGGAGGCGCUGGGCAAGCAAGAGGCUCUACUCACCUCCCGUGAGCGGCAGAAGUUCCUCGAGGAGCAGGACUUGCAAAAAGCGCUGAGUGAGAUGCGCUCCCUCAACCGUGAGAUGGAGGAGCGGCGCAAGUCACUUCUGCGCAAGCGCGACACUGUAGCCGAGUGGGACCGCAAGCUCGAGUCCCGCGAGCGCGAGCUGCUGGGCUGCCAAGAUCAGCUGCGGGAGAGCUUAAAGGCGCUGGAGAAAGAGGAAAAUGCGCUUGGCAUUCACCCAGCGCAGCGCACUGCGGUGACCCCUGCUGUCUCUCAGCGAACUGUCAUGGACGACCACGACAUGUCUAUUGAUCACGACAGUGCCUGUGAGGAGAUUGACUACGAAGACUGA